AUGCCCCACGCAGUUGAGAUGCCAUCGUUUCUGGCCGAUGACACAGGACCUAUGCUUUCGUCGAACAGCCACCAGUAUGAUGCCCCCAGUCACCUCCGGCAAUCCCAUGAGAAGGUCAAUGGGAACAAUAGAUCCUACUCGCACACAUCUGCAAAGGGUAGCGUAGUAGAUGGACCGGAGGGAUAUAUGGACGGAGGUAGAGUGCAGACGAAUGGCGACACGGCCCAUGAUGGAGGACUCAAUUCCCUGCCGAAUGGGCGGACGAGUGGCAGUACCUUGUCUGUAAAUGGUGGUGUCAAUGGAGGAAUAGAAAACGGGAGGAAGAGUCCAGCGCCGACGAACGGAAUGACCAGAACAUCUUAUGGCGAUAGAAGCUCUGUCGCGUCAACAAACGGAAAUGGAAACGUCCCAAAUACCCACGACACAAAGCAGCCGACAAACGGAGAUACAGAACCCCAUAAACGAGUCAGCGUCCCGGCACCCAUAUCGACGAAUCCUCAGAGUACAGGCCCUUUGACUUACACAUCAUCGGUAUUACCAGCAACUCCUCAACUUCCUGAAUGUCCGACUAGAGCCCCUCCAUCUCCUCACCGAUUCUCCUCUCCUCCAGCAUACCCCCCUCCACUCGUGCCUUCCCCUUCCACCACUUCACUUCCACAACAUCCCGGGGCUACGCAGCUGCAACACAGGCAUACGCUGCAAGUACCCAAACCUGGACCCAGUCGAAGCUCUCGGGAUGGUGAAGAAUCCGUAUUCACAAGUGGAAGAUUUUCUCCAACAAGUAUAGCUGCAGGUGUACGACGAGGUUCAUUGAGUCUCAAUCGAAGGCACACACAAUCAAUACAUUCGAAUAUGCCACACGAAGAGAUACCCCCAGAUGAAGACGCAAUGUUAUGGGCAGAAGCAGUACGGCAAAAGCGGGCAAGCAAACGGAGGAGGAAAGAUGAGGAGGAUGAUGACAGAGUAGUUGUUGGGACUAAGGUCGACCAAAACCAUGUGAACUGGGUCACGGCAUAUAACAUGUUGACUGGAAUUCGGUUUACAGUCUCGAGAACGAAUGCAAAGCUGGACCGACCGCUAACAGAUGCGGAUUUUGAGGCUCGACACAAGUUCUCUUUCGAUAUUACCGGAAACGAGUUGACGCCAUCUGCGAAAUACGAUUUUAAGUUUAAGGAUUAUGCGCCAUGGGUAUUUCGACACUUACGAGCCAAAUUCAAGCUUGAUCCGGCGGAUUACCUGAUGUCGCUGACAAGCAAAUACAUCCUCUCGGAGCUUGGAUCACCGGGAAAGAGUGGAAGCUUUUUCUACUUCUCGCGGGAUUACAAGUAUAUCAUCAAGACAAUCCACCAUGCCGAGCACAAGUUCUUGCGAAAGAUCCUAAGGGAAUACUAUGCACACGUUGAGCAGAAUCCCAACACACUACUUUCGCAAUUCUACGGGCUUCACCGAGUCAAAAUGCCAUACGGACGGAAAAUACAUUUCGUCGUCAUGAACAACUUGUUUCCUCCACACCGGGACAUUCACAAAACAUUCGAUUUGAAGGGUUCGACAAUUGGGCGUGAUUUCAAGGAGGAAGACUUGGAGAAGAAUCCACGGGCGACUCUCAAGGACCUUAACUGGCUGCGACGGAAUUUACAUCUAGAGUUUGGCCCAGAGAAGAAGCGACUGUUUUUCGAACAAAUGGAGAAGGAUGUACAUCUUCUGCAGAGACUAAAAAUCAUGGACUACAGUAUGCUCGUUGGCAUUCAUGAUCUCCAACGAGGAAAUCAGGAUAAUCUGCGCGACAAAACCCUUCAAGUUUUCCAGCCUGGAGGGGAUAACCCCGCUGAUGAAGCUCAAGGUCCAGAUAGCAGAGGGAUGUUGAUGAGAACUCCCAGCAAACUGGAAAACAUCCGGAAAGCAAGGGAACUGAGGCAAAUCAUCAAACAGGAAAAGCCGAUCCCGAUGGGUCAAAGUAGCUCGAGGAUGCCAGACCAUUUGGAGGAAAACACCGCCAAGCGCGAAUUUACCUUCUACAGCGACGACGGAGGGUUCAGAGCAACCCAUGAAGAUAACAGCCCAGGGGAGGAGAUCUUUUUCCUUUCCAUUAUUGACUGUCUCACGUACUACGGUACCGUGAAGAAGCUCGAGCAUUUCUUCAAGGGCUUGAGCCAGGAUAAGAAGCUUAUUUCGCCUAUCUCGCCUGAGCCGUAUGGUAACCGUUUCAUUGAGUUCAUCGAAGGCGUCACAAAGAGCCCUGAAGAAGCAGCACGUGAAGCUCAAGAGGCAGCUUUAAAUCCUGUGCCACAUACAAACUCGAUGUCAAACCGCAACACGACUUCCAUCGACUCCAGCAGACGUUCCGACGGCGCGCAUGCGCGUCGAUUCAGCAACGUCAAUGCAACAGUGCAAAGGAACGAGAAUGAAGCGAUUAAGGGAGAGAAGAAAGGAGAGGAUGAAAGUCACAGACCAGAUCCUCGAAUGAUCACCACCGCUCGAAGUCCGAGUGCGGAGCGUACUGGUGGCUUACAAGGCCAGACUCUACCAGUAGUGGAGGAAAUGGGUGAAGCAAGUAGCACUGGUGGUAGGAGUGGGAGAAGCUGGAGGAGUAGGAGGGACGAUCCUGAUGCAGAUGCGCGCCCUCUCACACCAGCAAAAGAUACCAACGAUGGUCGACCGCUAACUCCUGCUAAGGAUUGUAGUCCGAAUAGGAACGGUGCAGUUCGAAGGCCGUUAAGUCGGAGCAGUCUGGACAAAGAGCUACCUCCGUUACCGAAGGUAUCAAUUCCGGGGGAAAUGAGCCAGAAGGAGUCCAUUCUUUCAUGA